AUGGCCACCGUGCAGAAGGUGCUGGGGCUGUGCGGGAGGCACGGGCUGCUGGCACGGCACGGCGGGGCGGAGCGCCCGGAACUGGGGCCCGCCGGCGAGCUGCUGCGACACAACGUGCUCUGCGAGUGGCUGUUGUCCAGCGUCGUCACGCCCGAGGAGAACGUGUUCCUGUGCCGGGCGGACCCCACCGACGCCCUCUUCAGCUCAGAGCUGAAGGAGCGGCACGCGCACGUGCGUGACCUGAGCGGCGGCCAGCUGCCGUACGGCAUCGCGGAGACGAGGGAGCGAAGCGGCCUCAGCCUCGCUACGCCCGGGGCCGAGAGCCUCGACCCAAGCCGGGGCCUGGAGCUGCGGCUGUGCGUGUUCGCCGCGCACGCAGACUCGGCACAGCGCUUCCACCACUGGCAGCGCCUCAGGAAGAUGUGGUGGAGGAAGUUCUCGGCGUCGCCCGGCCGCUUCUCCCUGACGGACGUGCGCGGCUCAGAGGGCGACCGCUCCGUGCACAUCCGGGCCGAGUUCCCCUGGGGCGACCACGUCCUGGAGACCGUGACGCUGCGCACACGGCUGCCGGACCACGCCUCCCUGGAGGCGCGGGACGGGCGCCGCAAGCUGCUGCCCCACGCGGUGGAGUGCGUGACGCUGGCGGAGCGCGCCGUGCUGGCGCUGCUGUGCGACGCGUACCACGAGGGGGACGGGCGGGAGACCCUGCGGCUGCACCGCAAGCUGGCCCCCUACAAGGUCGCCCUGGCCGCGGCGCCCGGCGGCGAGGGGGAGGAGCUGGGCCGGCUGGCCGCGUACCUGGCACGGCUGCUGCGCCAGGCGGGCGUGAGCGUGCUGGUGCUGCCCGACUGCGCCAGCAAGUCCCUGGAGUCCCAGUUCGCGCGCAACGACGCGCUGGGCGUGCCCUACACGGCCGUGCUCAACGCCGCCACGCUCAGGACGGGCGUCCUGGGGCUGCGCGGCCGCGACACCACGCUCAAGGAGCAGGUCCAUGUGUCGGAACUGAAGACGCACAUAGAGCUCAUCCUCAGGAACUACUGAUGCUUGUGACCUUGAAGUGUGGUCGCCCAGACCUUCUGAACACUCGGUAACACUUCCGGGAGUGUCGCAGACUGGGAGUGAACUGACGCGCGGUGGCAUCGCUGAGCUGACUCGUAGUUACCGUAGUGGCGCACCUUGCAGGCGUUAGUUUACAAGAUUGGCUAGCUAUGCCUCUGCCAUGCACUUUGCUUGUGUCAGUUUUUACAAUCCUCCGUGUUAGUGUCAAGUUACUGCAAAUGACACCUGCUCAUUCGGUAUGUGUUUUUUUUUUUUUUGUAAUUGUACUUUAUUUUAUGUUGGUUUUGAAAAAAAAAAAUCUUACUCAAGUUAAAGCAGUGGUGACAUUUUCAAAUUUGUUUAUUUUAUUUUUAUUUUAGUUUUUGUGUAUAUUAAUUAGAAUGUCCAAUGCCUGUGUGCAAUCGUGAUCUGUCUGUGAAGAGCAUGAAAGAUGCUGUCAUGCCGCUUGUAUCACGCAUUGUCACAGAGUCCUUCUUGUAUUGUAUUGUAUUGUAUUAAAAAUUUAAAAAAUUU